AAAACAGCAAUGUUGAGCGGGUGAUUUCGCGGGAAUUGUUUCUUUUGCUCGUUGAAAAGGGAAACAAUCAGUGAUAUCCGAAAAUAUAACGUAAUAGCUGAUUCAAACACGGGUACCAGCUGAAGUUUGAACCCCCCCGCUUCUUAAAGGACAGUCAUGUUCUCCGACAUGAGUGCACAGAAGGACGGCUCCUCUCUGCUCUGCCGCCCCUCCGAGGACCAGGGGGGGCCGGUGUUUGAGAGGAUGUCGCUGGCCUACAGUCCAUGCUCCGAGCGCUACACAGUCGGGGAGCGGAGCUUCAGUCGCCAGUAUGCUCAUAUUUAUGCAGCACGACUCAUGCAGAUGAGGCCCUUGCUCUCAGAGAGAGCACAGCAGAAGUGGGGAUCAGAUGUGCUUAUCAGGAAGCUGUGUGAUCUUCAGACAGGGGAGCAGUGUUGCAUUGUGGGAACCUUGUUCAAGCGUAUGGAAUUGCAGCCAUCUAUCCUGAAAGAGAUCAGUGAGGAGCACAACCUGCUGCCUCAACCGGCACGAGCCAAAUUAAUCAGUGAGACUGAUGAGCUGAUUCUGGAGGAUGAGCUACAGAGGAUCAAACUGGAGGGCAAAAUUGACAGAGACAUCUGUGUCACAGGUAGUGUUAUUGCAAUAUAUGGAGCCGAGAAGAAUGACGGGAAGUUCACUGUUGAGGACUUCUGCAUGGCUGAUCUUCCUCCGCAGACACCAAGACCUGCGCUCAGCUCUGACCGGUUUGUGCUCCUGGUCUCGGGACUUGGUCUCGGCAGUAGUCAUGCCGACAGCAUGCUGGGGCUACAGUUGCUGGUUGACAUGGUCACCGGUCAGCUCGGUGACCAGGGGGAGCAGAGCGGUGCUGCGACAAUUUCCAGGGUCUUACUGGCUGGAAACCUCCUGAGCCAAAGCACCCAGGACUCGGACGCAGCGAAGAAGCCCAAGUACCUCACCAAGAAGACUCAGGCGGGCAGCGUGGAGGCCAUUCGUCUGCUGGACGAGCUGCUGCUUCAGCUGGCGGCCUCAGUUCCAGUGGAUGUAAUGCCGGGCCAGUACGACCCCACCAACUACACCCUCCCUCAGCAGCCUCUGCACCGCUGCAUGUUCCCCUUGUCCUCCGUGUACCCCACACUCCAGUUGGUCUCCAAUCCACACCAAUCUAUCAUUGAUGGAGUUAGGUUUCUGGGCACUUCAGGCCAAAAUGUCUGUGACAUUCAGAAGUACAGCAGCAUGGACAGACACCUGGAAAUACUGGAGAACACGCUACGACUCAGACACCUGGCUCCGACAGCACCUGAUACUCUGGGUUGUUUCCCAUUUUACCAAAAAGACCCUUUCAUCCUGGAAGAGUGUCCCAACGUUUACUUCAGUGGCAAUGCCCCAACCUUUGAGUCCAAGCUCAUUAAAGGUCCUGAUGGCCAGGAAGUCCUUUUGGUUACUAUUCCAGACUUCAGCAGCACCCAAACAGCUUGUCUGGUCAACUUACGUACUCUUGCAUGCGAGCCAGUUAGCUUCUCGGCCUUCUCCGCUGACGACGAUGAGGAAAGUGACAUGAACGUCAGCCACUGAGGGUCCAUAACAUCCACAUAUCGUAUCGGACACUAUUGAUGAAUAUUCAGACUUGUGAACAUCUGAGGCAGGAGUUGCUGUCCAGUAUCAUAAAGGUCAACAGAUUGCUGUUAAAGUUACCGUUAUAAGGUUACUUCUAAUGGUUCCUUUUUUUUUUUAAGGUGUGUUUUUUUUUUUUACGGAAGAGGAUUGGGGUCACGUGUGAAAAAUGUAUUUCACGUGUGGAUGAAACUGCAAAAGAUAAACGGCACUGACCUCCAGUAUUCUAUUAACUCGGUGUUCACAAAGGUGCUUUAAUAAAUAAAGACAAGCGUUGUGUAUUACAGUAACAAGCUUUUAUUUGAGGAAUAACUACUUCACUGUGUCGGAGACAACAUGACCUCUGACUCUGUUACCAACUUUGAACAAAAGCUUUUUAACCCUUUAGUGACUGCUCAAACAUUUGUGUAAAUAAUUCAUUUUUUUUAUGUGCAUCCACAAUAAACAUCUU